GAGGGCGGAAGGGCCCGGCGCGCGGAGCUUCCCUGGACCGCCAUGGAGGCGCUGGGCGCGACCGGCCGGGCGCUGCGGCUGUGGCGGGCCGCUCCCCGCGGCGCGGCCGGCUGCCGAUUUAUAGCAACUUCUCCGGCUGCUCAGCUGUCACCUACGGAACUGACAGAAAUGCGGAAUGAGCUGUUUAAUAAAGAGAAAAACAGGCAGUUAUCAUUAACUCCCCGAACUGAAAAGAUUGAAGUUAAAUAUGUUGGGAAAACCAACCCGGGUACCAUCUUUGUGAUGAAUAAAAACAUUUCAACUCCUUACAGUUGUGCCAUGCAUUUAAGUGAGUGGUACUGCAAGAAAUCCAUUCUGGCUCUUGUGGAUGGACAACCUUGGGACAUGUAUAAACCUUUGACCAAGUCCUGUGAAAUUAAGUUUCUUACUUUCAAAGAUCAUGAUCCGCAAGAAGUGAAUAAGGCCUAUUGGCGUUCUUGUGCCAUGAUAAUGGGCUGUGUAAUAGAAAGGGCAUUCAAAGAUGAGUAUGUGGUCAGCUUGGUCAGAGCCCCGGAAGUUCCUGUAAUUGCUGGUGCCUUCUGCUAUGAUGUAGUUUUGGAUAAGAAACUGGAUGAGUGGAUACCAACCAAAGAGAACCUACGUUCCUUCACAAAAGAUGCAUAUACUUUAAUAUAUAAAGAUCUCCCAUUUGAAACUCUGGAAGUUGAAGCAAAAGUGGCAUUGGAAAUAUUUCAACACAACAAGUACAAAAUAGACUUCAUAGAAGAGAAGGCAUCUGAGAACCCUGAGAGAAUAGUCAAGCUGCACAGAAUUGGCGACUUCAUUGAUGUGAGUGAGGGCCCUCUUAUUCCAAGAACAAGCACUUGUUUCCAGUAUGAAGUGUCUGCAGUUCACAAUCUUCAGCACUCUCAGUCACCUCUUAUACGAAGGUUCCAGGGUCUGUCUUUACCCACCCACUUAAGAGUACAGUUUACAAUAUGGUCUAAAUUAUUGGAAAGAUCUCGGAAAGUGGUUACUGAAGAUCGAACUAAACCAACAGAGGGCAUUGCAUCUACCUAAUAACUUGCCAAAAUUUAAAUAUAUAUAGUAAAUUAAAAUAAAAGCUUUUAAUACAAUGUU